GUGUAUUUUGUGGCAGUGGCAGCUUGAACAGAAACCCCUGAGCGUGGGCUUUAGGAGAGUGAUCCACUCCCAAGAAGGGGUUGUGGUGGGGGUAAACAGUGUUCAGUCUGAGGAUCCAAGAGGGACCCCAGAGAUAUUUCAAAGAACGUAGAAAUGGAAAACUCCUCAGUAGCCUCUGCCUCCUCAGAGGCUGGAAGUAACCGUUCCCAAGAGAUAGAAGAACUCGAACGAUUCAUUGACAGCUAUGUCCUAGAAUACCAGGUUCAGGGGUUACUUACAGACAAACCAGAAACUGAUGCAGACGGUGAAAGGACACCACCAAACUCACAGUGGAAUGAAGACUUCACAGACACGCUAAAUAUAAACUGGUCCUCCCCAAAGGAGAAGAAUUCCCGCAAACAAAUCAGUCAGAACUGUAACCAAGAGACGUCUUAUGAUAUUCUGGGGACAGAUAUCUGGGCAGUUAAUACUUUUGAGAAUGCAAGUGGAGCAACAUGGGAUCUACAGCCUGAGAAAUUAGAUUUCACCAACUCGUUUCAUCGAAAGCAUUUACAAAACGCUUCCAAGUACCUCCCCCACAUUGAUCAAGAAGGGAUGGUGAAGGGAAAGUUUGAAGAGGAUGGAAACAUUACGUUGAAUGACCUGGAGAAAGUGCUUCCAGUGCGGCAGGUAUAUCAGCCGUUGUCUAAUGAAGCUGAAAUCGCACAAACUAAAAAACUAUUCCGGAGGCGACGGAACGAUCGGAGAUAUGUUUACAUCAACCAAGAGAAGCUAACAGUGGUCCUUCCAGCCAAUGACAAAAAGUCCAGUGAAAGGAGACAGCAGAGGACUCCAGGGGGAAACAAAGUACAGCAACAACAUGGUGAGCAUCAGCCGAGCAACACUAAACACAACCGAGAUCACACAAGACAGUACCAGACUCCUACACCACACUCUGCAGGAAAGCAGGGUCCGCCAAAUCAUGGCUACAGCCAGCAGCGUCGGUGGCAGCACAACCAAAGACAUUCUUCUAAUGACAAGGAGUUGAACAGGAAUGCCAAAGACACCAGUAAUGCCCAAAGUGAGGAUCCCUCACAUAGCCCUGUCCAGGUGUCUGGGGAGAUGCAUAAGCCCACGGAUCCACCCAGCAGCCCAACUCCACAGAAUCUCCAGAACUCUGAAAUAAGACGCAAAGACAGCAUUUCAGAUCGACAGGUGGACCAACCGAAAGUUAAUCUUUUGGAGUCAUCCAAAGAUAGACUGAAAAGAAGGCUGAAAGAAAAGGAUGAAAUUUCAAUGGAGACAGCAAACCCUCAGCGAACCAAAAUGGACAAGUUGAUAGAAAUCCUCAACAGCAUGAGGAACAACAAUAGUGAUGUGGACUCCAACCUCACCACCUUUAUGGAGGAGGCACAAAACUCUACCAACUCAGAAGAGAUGCUGAGUGAGAUAGUUAAGACUAUUUAUCACAAGGCUGUAACGGACAGGAGCUUUGCUUCAACAGCUGCCAGACUAUGUGACAAGAUGUCUCUCUUCAUGGUGGAAGGAACUAAAUUCCGAAGCUUGCUCCUCAACAUGCUGCAGAAAGAUUUUACAGUGAGGGAUGAGCUGCAACAAACAGAUGUGGAGCACUGGCUUGGGUUUAUCACGUUUCUCUGCGAAGUUUUUGGAAUAAUGCGAAGCAACACAGGAGAGCCUUUUCGUGUGCUUGUCUGCCCUAUCUACACAUGUCUACGGGAGCUGUUACAGUCACAAGAUGUCAAAGAAGAUGCUGUUCUGUGUUGCUCGAUGGAGCUGCAGAGCACAGGCAAGCUGCUGGAGGAACAGCUGCCAGAGAUGAUGACAGAGCUGCUAGCUGCAGCACGCGACAAGAUGCUGGGCCCCUCCGAAUCAGCGUUGACACGGUCCCUCCUCCUUGAAGUCAUCGAGCUGCAUGCCAAUAACUGGAACCCAUUGACCCCCACCAUCACGCAGUACUACAACAAAACCAUUCAGAAACUAACUGCUUGAAAAAAAACAAAAAUAUAUAUGGGGGGGAGAUAAAGAGAAAACAGGAAGAAGGAGGAACAGUAUUUGGGAAGAU